GCUUAGCCGUGCCCUAAGUUUACCUGUCGCCUCAACUCUUCCGCUUCGUGCUCGGCUCGCUGUUUUCCAGUCGUCUCCGUUCGCUCUUCCCCGGCGCAAGGGCGUCAUGGAAGAUCAUACUCUCCAAUCAGGGCGAAAAGCAUUUAGUCGAGAUUACGAGCAUUCAUAUUCAGUCGAAUCUGACUUUUUUGACGGAGACAGUUCAGACGAAGAUCACUAUGUCUCAGCACAACGAUCUACGGCUGAGCCUGAAGUGAAUUUGAAAAAUGUAAUAAGCGGAAUAGCUGCAAUUCUAAUGGGACGAAGUAAAGGUCUUGCUAGCAUUCAACCUCAACAAAAUUUUGGCUCAAGCGUGUCAUUUCUUGGCUACGAAAAGGAUGGAGGGAGUUAUUUGCAUUCGUCUGUCUGCAUACCAAGUGCUCCUCCAUUGCUCGAGCCAGAAGCUAUCAAUUAUAGUGCAUAUAGAGAUGUUCUUGAAGCGGAGCCUCCAGAAUGGUUGCCAGAUAGUUCUACCACAGUCUGCAUGCAAUGUUCGUCUCCUUUUACAGCCCUUACACGGGGAAGACAUCAUUGUAGGUUUUGUGGAGGUAUUUUUUGCAGAGGAUGCACAAAAGGGAGAUGCUUGCUGCCCGUUAAGUUUCACACGCGAGAUCCUAAAAGAGUUUGUGAUGUUUGUUUUGAAAGGCUCGAUCCUUUGCAGAGUAUAUUGAUAAAUUCAAUUAGCAAUGCAGUGCAGUCUGCAAAACAUGAUGUUACGGAUUGGACUUGCACCAGAGCAUGGUUGAAUUUACCUUUGGGUUUGUCAAUGGAACAUGAAAUAUACAAGGCGGCUAAUAUUUUGAGGAGUUACUCGAAGGUUGCACGACUAAAUCCAGAGAAGUCCAUUCCGCAAGCAGUUUUGAAGGAUGCUAAAGGGCUUGCGAUUCUAACAAUGGUUAAAGCUGGCACAGUAAUUUCGUAUAAGUUUGGCACAGGUCUUGUGGUAUCUAGAAGGAUGGAUGGGACGUGGUCGGCUCCAUCUGCCAUAUUAUCUGUUGGUCUAGGAUGGGGAGCACAGAUUGGAGGAGAGCUGAUGGACUUCAUUGCUGUACUUCACGACUCUGAAACUGUGAAGACAUUUUGCAGUAAAAUGCAUUUUUCACUUGGAGCAGGUUUAAGUGCUGCAGCAGGUCCAGUUGGUAGGGUUUUAGAAGCAGAUCUCAGGGCUGGAGAUAGAGGACGCGGGGUCUGCUAUACUUACAGCUGCAGCAAAGGUGCUUUUAUAGGGGUUUCAAUGGAAGGAAACGUUGUGUUUACGAGGAUGGAUGCGAACCUGCGUUUCUAUGGUGAUCCUUAUCUGACUACGACGGACAUUUUACUGGGUACUGUGGAGAGGCCAAAGGCUGCAGGUCCACUCUAUGCUGCUCUUCAUGACCUUUUUAACUGUAUAUGAAAUACUUUUUAUUUUUAGAGGUAAAAAUUGAAGAUUUCGUUAAAUAAACCAGUAAAAAAUUUGUAUUCCUGAAUUUGUUCAUAUCUGUUUUGGGGACCGCCGUUG